AUGGAAAAAAGAAAAAAAAAACAUUAUAAAUAUUGUGCUCACGCUUACUAUCCCAAAGAGGAAAUAAGCAACUACAUCGACGAUUUAGAGAGAAAAAACGCAGAAACGACGAUAAAAAGACAACCUCGAGAAGACGAUGAAGACGGCAAUGAAGUUGAUGAUGGAGACGAUGAAGAUGAAGACAAGGCAGAGGUGACGGAGGACGUUGAAGCUAAGGAUGAUGGAAGAAGGGCGAAGAGUAGCCUGGCUCCCCCGACGCUGUCACUGCCACUGACUACGAGUUACUCUACAGCAAGAUCACUGCCGAACCGACAAGACCGAGACGUGCCGGGCAGUGACAAGCCGGAAAGCCUGUCGUGA